AUGAAGAUCAAUUUAUGUGAUUGUCGAAGGACGUCGACCACGCUGCUGGGCUUGUGGGGCCGCCGGUCAUCUGUCCAGGGCUUGCCCGGGAAAAAUCCGGAACUGCAAUCACAACCCAAAAACAAGAACUACGACGAAACGCAGACAACAGAACAGACAUUAACAAAAGGUGUCAAAGAAGUAGGAGAGUGGACGGAAGUGGUGAAGAAGGGCUCAAAAGUGGCUACCACUCCCCACCAGCAACAACAGAAGCAACAUCAAAAAGGGUAUAAUAAGACCAAACUGAAACAGGAAGACCAUCAGAUACAGGAGCAGGAGGAACGACCGGGGGGCUACAUACACCAAAAAACAAGAAACAGUUGCCCCAAGCAGCCUCUGUUCUUCCUAUUUGAAAGUACCGCUGUCCCCCCCUCACAACACAUCCUAAACAUCACUGCAGGCAACGACAAUUCCACUCCUCCCCGUCCUCCUCUUCCAAACUCCCCAACGCCCAGCAACACCUCAACGCCCAGCACUUCCCAACAUAGCCCUUCCCAUAAGUAUACUUGGGUGGGGGAGGAGUCGUGUCAAGUAGUCAGGCAGGCUCCAGAAAGAGACAUCAUCCCAGAGUAA